GCCGGCUCCAGUUGUAGAUGACCCGUCCUUCGCCCGGAAGACGUCGCGUCCGCCUGUUGCCAUAGCACUUCGGACCCGCCGAGAUCCCUGAAAGCCCCUGUCCCUGAGGGCGAGAUGUGUGCUCCGGUUGCCAGAACUGUCCCGCCCGCCUGGAACUGCGAUCCCUUCUGGCCGUCGGAACCCACACUUCUGUCCCCGGGGUGACGCGCAACCCGAGCCGGCAGAUGGCUCCAAAGCAAGGGCCCCCUCUGGGUGCCUCCUUCUUCCUGUCCCCACUGGUGGGCAUCCUCAACCGGGCGUGGAGCCGCCUUCGGGGCCCUGGACCGCCAGAGCCCUGGGGCAUGGAAGUUGCCUCACGAAAAGCUGCCUUGGAUGUGGAAACUGAGCUUUCUCUGGCCUUGGGCAAUGCCACUUGGAGUGGGCACCCUUACGGGGAGGCUGAAGACAAGGGAUUGGCUGAGGACAACAAUGGAGCAGCAGACCUCAAAGCCCCCACUUCUCUCGUUGAAGCCUCAGAGGUUGACCGUGAAGGGUGUGCUGAGAAAGAAGCACCGAGGGUGGUCAGAGAGCAAGGAAGUGGACUUGUAGGGAGUCAGCCUGCCCCCCUGCCCUCCGGCCUUCCGACAAGAACCCCGCCUGACCCUCUUGGGGAAGAGCAGUCUGAGGAAGAAGACAGGGACACCGCUGUCCAUCCGGAAAUGGCCAAGACCUUCGCUUGUCCUGUAGUCGCCUGCAUGUACGGCCCCAGGCCGAAGGAAGAAGAGGCAGAGAAGGGAAAACUUGUAAAGGAAGCCUGGCCCCAAACCACUACUUGCCUCUUCUCCCCAGGCCCCGUGCCAGGGGCUGCGCUGUGGACCGAGGAGGCCACAGAGGGGCAUAAAGACGAAGAGGAUGGAGCCGCAGAGGAUAGAGAAGCCAGGAAGGCCGCCAUGGCCUCCUGGUGGCCAGUUUCGCACCCUAGGACUGGGGAGUAUCCUUCAGGAAAGUCUAAGGAGGAGGCAGCUGAGAAAGAUGGGGACCCAGAGCUUCUCUGCUACAGCCAGGCCUGGAGGUCCCUGCUCAGUCUGUCCCUGGAGGCCGCCCCGACAAGGAACACAGAGACAGAGGAGGGAGCCGGUGGCGAAGGUGGUGCUUCAGGAACAACUGCAGAGAAGUGGGGAGCAGGGAGGCCUUUCUUCAUCCCAUCCACACGGACCUUCCUGAGGGCCCUGGUGUUCUGGCCAGGAAAGGCCUCAGAGAAGGCAGGACACGAAGAAGGUGCUUGCAGGGCAGCUCAGGAAGGAGGGGAAGCUGCGGCGGGUCCAACCUCCAGCCCAUCCGUAAGUCCGUCCUCGAAGGUCCAGGUGAUUUGGCCAGGAGAAGAGGAAGAAGACAGCGAAGACCACAGCUCAGGAGAAGCUGAAGGUCCCUCCUCCCUCCAAGCCACGGGUGCCUUCCUGAAGGACUGGGUGUACUGGCCAGGAGAGGAGGAGGAGGAAGAAGAUGAGGAAGACCGUGAUUCCGAGGCAGCUGAGGAGGAGGGAGAAGCUGAGUGGGUUUAUAAACCAGGAGAGGACUCUGAGGAAGAGGAGGAGGAGGGAGAAGCUGAGUGGAUUUAUAAACCAGGAGAGGACUCUGAGGAAGAGGAGGAGGAGGGAGAAGCUGAGUGGAUUUAUAAACCAGGAGAGGACUCUGAGGAAGAGGAGGAGGAGGGAGAAGCUGAGUGGAUUUAUAAACCAGGAGAGGACUCUGAGGAAGAGGAGGAGGAAGACAGGGCUUCCAGGGCACCUGAGGAAGAGGGAGAAGCUGAGGGCUUGACCUCCGUCCCAUCCACAAGCACCUUCCUGAAGAACUGGGUGUACCGACCAGGGGAGGACUCUGAAGAGGAGGAAGACGGUGACUCAGGGGCAGUGGAGGAGGAUGGAGAAGCUGAGGGCUUGUCCUGCCUCUCAUCCACAAGCACCUUCCUGAAGAACUGGGUGUACCGGCCAGGGGAAGACUUGGAGGAGGGAGAGGAGGAGAACAGUGAUUCAGAAGCGGCUCUGGGGGACUCCACUGGGAGGCCCCACCCUCCUCUCCAAGUGGCCAUCUAUUUACCUGGGGAGAAGCCCCUCCCUCCCUGGGCCCCACCCCUGCUGCCCCAUAGGCUGCAAAGGAGGCUGGAGUCCUUACAAGCCCCAACCCCUGGGGAUCCAGAUCCUGAGACGCCCCAACAGGCCAGAAAAGUGCGCUUCGCGGACAAGGUCAUCGUCCACCGCCUGAUUGUCUGGGCCGGGCCAGCCCAGGCUGUCCGUCGGGGUCCCUGGGAGGAGAUGGCCCGGGACCGAAGCCGCUUCGCCCGCCGCAUCGCCCGCACCCAGAAGGAGCUGGACCCCUGCUUCACCCCUGCCGCCCGGGCCAAGGCCUGGGAACGCCUCCGGGACCCACCUCUCUCGCUGGCCGCUUCCCCAGCCCCUGGGACCCAGACCCUCGCCCGCCCUUCCGAAGCCCCACACCUGGCCCCGCCCCUGAGCCCCACGGAGGCCACGCCCUCCCCCUCCCACUGUCUGGCCCUCCAGGAGAGGCGGGGCUGAGGCCACGUGUUUGUGUGUGUGUUAUUUAAGUGUUUGC